AUGCGUUAAUUUCUAGCGUCUAUAAAUGAAGGUCUGCAAGUUUCAAGGUUAGUAAGAGAGAGAUGGGAGAAAUAGAAAGAGAGGCAAUGUCAAGGUGGGAGAAGGAAGAGGAAUUAGAAGAAGCACAAGCCCAAAUAGAUAUCUGGAAGUACAUAUUUGGGUUUGUGGAACUUGCAGUUGUGAAAUGUGCGAUUGAGCUUGGCAUAGCCGAAGCCAUAGAAAAGCAUGCAAGUCCCAUGACACUAGAGGAGUUAUCAUCAACUCUAGCCUGUGAUUCUUUACUUCUGAACCGCAUCAUGCGCUUCCUAGUGCACCGAAAGAUAUUCAAAGUGACACCCACGGGGUAUUCUCAAACACCUUUGUCUCGGCGUUUGAUGAGAAACGGUCAACAUAGCAUGGCUGGUAUGCUUUUGCUGGAGAGUAAUCCUGUAAUGUUGGCACCUUGGCACAGUCUAAGUGCUCGUGUCUUGGUCAAUGGCAAUCCCUCAUUCGCAAAGGCUCAUGGUGAGGACGUGUGGCGCUAUGCUGAGGCACAUCUCGACCACAGCAACCUCAUCAAUGAGGCUAUGGCAUGUGAUGCUAAGCUUGUUAUGCCUACCGUCAUUGAAAGUUGCAGCGAGGCAUUUGAUGGUGUAAAGUCCUUGGUUGAUGUGGGUGGUGGUAAUGGCACCGCCAUGAGCAUCCUGGCCAAGGCUUGCCCUUGGAUUCGAUGCAUCAAUUAUGAUCUCCCUCAUGUCAUUGCCGAGGCCUCUAAGUGCGAUGGCGUCGAACUUGUGGCAGGUGACAUGUUUCUGAGUGUUCCAAAGGCUGAUGCUGCUUUUUUCAUGUGGGUUUUGCACGACUGGUCUGACCAAGAGUGCAUCCAAAUCUUGA